AUGGGAUCGAUGCUUGGAAAGCUGUGCGUUGGUUGCUUUGGGGCGUGCUUUGCCUUGAACUUGCUUUGGGCAACGCUGUUUAUGCGAUUUGUUGGUCUUUUGCCCAUGGAGAAGAGGAGAAGGGAGAGCAUUUGCCUGGUUGUGGUCCAGGCAGCCUGGAGGAUAUCCCUCUUCUUCUGUCCUUGGGUUUCCAUAUCCCAUUCUGACGACACUGCGGCCGAGUGGAGAGGCAUGCAGCAGAAGAUGGAGGGUGUAACCGAGCAGCCAUUGAUGGUUCUGGGAAACCAUGCCUCGUUCCUCGAUGUCAUCGUUGCGACCUGCUGCAUGCCUGCGUCCGUGCUCAUCAAAUGCCGAACGUACAUGGAUGCACACCUCUUCGCCAUGCCACUGAUAUCAACAGUAUGUCGCUCUGUGGGUCAUUUCCCUGUCUACUUCAACAGCGCGGAAGCGGGAGUCUUCAAGGUUGACAAGGAGAAGAACGAGAAAGUCGAUCAGGAAGUGGACAAGCACCUCCACAGCGGCGGUUGGCUCUGCUUCUACCCUGAAGGUCAGUGCAACAGAACUCCCGACCAGCUCAUGCCGUUCCGCUACGGUGGCAUGAAGAAGGCGCUGGAAUUUGAUGCGAGGCUAAUCUCUGUAGUAUGCCACGGGAAUGAAAAGGUCUGGCCGCGGAAGAUGAAGAUGGGAGGACUUCCAGGUUCUAUUCGAGUCAGCUGCAAGCAGCUUGCACCAGACGGUGUAAAGGCACUUGUGAAGCAACUCCGCGAGUCCGAAGACAUUUCCGCAGAGGACAAAAAGGGCGAGGACUUUGAGCUGCUUGCGAGACACUUGCAGCGUGUCAUGCAGACGCAGUAUGAUGACAUGAAUGGAAGAGCGAAGGAAGACUAA